AUGUGUCACCCUGGGGGUAGGAUUAUUCUUGCUUGGAAUCCAUCUGAGUUCCAGGUGAACCCCUAUUUUAGUUCCAGUCAGCUAAUUCAGUGUGCCAUUAUUAAACCAAAAAAUGAGAGUCAGUUUGAAUGUUCUUUUAUAUAUGCUCAUAAUUCUCAACAAGAUAGAGUUGCUCUUUGGAAAGAUCUUUGCUCUAUUGCUGGUUCAGUUAAUGAUGCUUGGAUCUUGAUGGGUGACUUUAAUUGUGUUCUCAACACAGAUGAGAGAGUGGGUAGUGUAGUUAGACUACAUGAAAUUCAGGAUUUUCAGUCCUGUGUUAAUACUUGUGGUUUGGUGGAUGCUAAACUAAAUGGUAAUUUUUUCACCUGGAAUAAUAAACAACAAGGCAGUAGGAGAGUGUUCUCUAAACUGGAUAGAGUUUUGAUAAAUCAGGCUUGGCUCACUCAAUAUCCAAAUACUGAGGUAUGUUUUAAAAAUGAGGGCUACUUUGACCAUUGCCCUGGCACUGUCUCUGUUUACCGUUAUUUGGCAGCAGGGAAAAAGCCCUUCAAGUUCUUUUCCAUGUGGCAAGAAGCUCCUCAAUACAAAGACAUUGUGAUGACUGCCUGGAAUAUGUCUGGCACACCCAUGUAUCAGGUGGUUCAGAAACUGAAAAAUGUAAAAAUUGCUUUGAAAAAGUUGAAUAAGGAGGGGUUUGGUGAUAUUGAGGCUAAGGAAACAAAAACAGCUCAUGCAUUGCAGGAGUUGCAAGAUGAAUUACACAAAAACCCUGCUGAUGUUGAGAUGGCUAAUAAAGAAAAACAAGCUCAACAGGAGUAUUUGGUUGCUCAUAAAGCUUUGCUGAGCUUUCUUGCUCACAAGGCCAAGUCAGUGUGGAUAAAGGAGGGUGAUGAGAACACUGCUGUGUUUCAUAGGUUUAUUAGACAAAGACAAGUGUAG